CACAUAUAUGGAAUAGCUUUGAAAACUGAUCCAACUUUGACUUUACUGAUCUAAAUCUGCUUCUUCCCAUAUCUCUUUAUAUACUACCAAAUGGAAUCUGAGGGAGUGUCGUUACCACUGUUUCACAAGCAUCUUAUGAUGCCUUGGAAUGAUCUGAGGAAAGGGGAUUGUUGUCGACUCUUUGAAUCUCAGAGUGAUGGCUACUAUUGUAAGAUGUGUGAUUUUUUCGUGCACAAGAAAUGUGGCGACGAGAUCCCUGAAUUUAUCCACCACCCAUCUCACCCCAAUCACACACUGGUCCAGACUCGGCAUGAACCAGAUAUUCCAUAUGUUAUUAUAUGUGCUUUAUGUGGAAUGAGUAUUUUGAAUCUAUACUAUCGCUGUGAGAUGUGUCGCUUCAACGUGGAUCCACAUUGUGUCAAGUACCCACCACCAGAUGUUAUUGAUAAUUUCAAAACGCACAGCCACGUGCUCACACUUGUCAAUGUCCGCACCGAGUUCGAAUGUUUUGCUUACAAAUGUGAGGAAUGUGAUGUAGUCCUCCCUGUAGAUUUUGUAGGGUACCCAACAGCACUAGAUCACCCAGCCGAGGUAAACCACUCUUACCACUCCUUGCAUCCUCUUAAGCUUCUAACGGGUCAACUUCCGGAUUAUUCUGAUGGAAAAUGUCGUCUUUGUGGAAGAAAAGUUGAUAAAGAAUUGUUUUAUCAUUGUUCUUCUUGUAACUUCACUUUGGAUAUGCGUUGUGUUCUGAACCCACCACCACAAUCUCUUUUGGAUUUGAAAGCUCAUGAUCACCAACUCACUCUUCUUCCAAGACUCGAUUCUUUUACAUGUAAUGCUUGUGGGCUCAAGGGAGAUCGAAGCCCUUACGCAUGCUUUCAAUGUGGUUUCAUGAUCCAUCAAGAUUGUCUUUCCCUUCCACGUGUCAUUAACAUAAAUCGCCAUGAUCACCGUGUUUCUCGUACUUCGGUUCUUGGUGUUGUUAAUUCUGUCUGCGGAGUUUGUCGCAAGAAGGUGGACUGGACUCUUGGUGGGUUUGCUUGUAAGAGAUGUCCUGACUAUGUCGCACAUUCUAAAUGUGCUACCAGAAAUGAUGUAUGGAACGGGAAAGAACUCCAAGGAGUACCUGAGGAAGAAGAAGAUAUAGAACCAUAUGUGGUGAUUGAUGACAACAGAAUACAACAUUUCAGCCACAAAGAGCAUUACCUAAGACGAAUCCAUGGGAAUGGCAUUGUGUAUGAGGAGAACAAACGAUGCAAUGCAUGCACCCAUCCUAUCGGUCUCCAAUCCUUUUAUAGCUGUAUGGAUUGUGAUUUUUCUCUACAUCAGAACUGUGCUGAAUGUCCUAAAAAGAAGCGACAUGUGCUACACAAUGAACAACUCACCUUAGUUACAAACAAGGAGCUAGAAGUCUUCUGGUGUAAUGCUUGUCAUAGGAUAUCCAAUGGUUUCAUGUACAAGGAUGGCGAGAAGAAACUGGAUCUUUUGUGUGGCUCGAUUCCAGAGCCGUUUGUCCAUCCAAGUCAUCCCCAACAUCCCUUAUAUAAUAUUCCAAUAGAAGAAGAUAAAGAAUGCAAUGGUUGCAACAACUUGGAAUAUUGUGUGCUCAGGUGCAUUGAAGAUGAUUGUGGAUUUGUACUGGGCUUCAAAUGCAUCACUCUACCACAAGUGGUAAAUCACAUAGCAUAUGAUCAUCCUCUCUCACUAUGCGAUGGCGAAAAAGAGACAAGUGGUAAAUACUGGUGCGAUAUUUGUGAGGGAGAAACCAGUCCGGAGAAAUGGUUCUACACUUGUAAAGAUCUUUGGGCUAGUUUGCAUACAAAAUGUGUGCUCGGAGACUCCUUAGGGCUCAUGCCAAGAAGUGUAGUAAAAUUGUGGGGCAAAUCGUAUGAGGUGGUGCUCAAUAAAAGUGUAACUCGUCCAUUUUGCAGCAAGUGUAAGUCUCGUUGCAUGAACCCUAUCAACCUCAAGUUGCUUGGAACCUCUGUGACCUACUUUUGCUCUGAUUAUUGCGUAUUUUCGUUAAAUUAUCAGUUGUAAAGAUGUUAAUUUGUUUCAACUUCUUAUAUCCUU